GCGAAGUCCCUUUCGGAGGGGAGGCAGGUGUGUCUGCCAGAGGGCUCAGUGCAUUGAGGGGCGGAACGCUCCAGCUAUUGCUCCUCCUCCUCCUCUUGGUAGUGCCCAGAGCGCGGCGGAGGGGCUCAGCGGUGCGAGGGAAAGAGAGACGGCCAUCAUGAGGCACUUGCCGUACUUCUGCCGCGGGGAGGUGGUGAAGGGCUUCGGCAGAGGCUCCAAGGAGCUGGGCAUCCCCACCGCUAACUUUUCUGAGCAAGUAGUCGAAAGCUUUCCAUCCGAUAUCUCUACUGGUAUAUACUAUGGAUGGGCCUGUGUUGGAAAUGGAGAUGUGCAUAAAAUGGUUUUGAGCAUAGGAUGGAAUCCUUUCUAUAAGAAUAUUAAGAAAUCAGUGGAAACACACAUUAUUGACACUUUCAAAGGUGACUUUUAUGGUGAAAUUCUUAGUAUAGUCAUACUUGGAUAUAUUCGAUCAGAAAAAAACUUCAGUUCUUUAGAGGCACUCAUUUCAGCAAUUCAGGAAGACAUUGAAGAGGCAAAAAGACAGCUAGAUUUACCAGAACAUCUUAAACUCAAAGAAGACAACUUCUUUCGUCUGCCAGAAGGCAAACCAGUAAACCACUAAGCAAAACCAUGUGGUUUUUUUCAUCUCUUGGAGCUCUUUGCACUACCAUGUAUCAUGUAUGAUUUGAUAUAUGAUGUAUGUGUGUGUACUGGGUUUGGUUGGGAUGGAGUUAAUUUUCUUUAUAGCAGCUCAUAUGGUGCCGUGUUUUAGGUUUGUGACCAAAACAAUGAACAUAACACAUUAAUGUUUGAGCUAUUCCUGAACAGUACUUGUACAGCAUCAAGGCCUUCUCUGUUUCUUGCUCUGCUUCCCCACUUAGGAAUUGGGGAAUUGUUGGGGAAUUGAGGCUGUGCAAGGAAGGGGGCACAACCAGACAAAUGACCUGAACUAACCAGAAAUACUGCAUGCCAUAUAAUGGUCAUGCUGAGCAAUAAAAUGGAGAGAAGGGGGUUUGGCUAUCUUUUGUUUGGGACCUAGCUGGGCACAGGCCUGUUCAGGGGAGGUGGUGAGUGAUUGCCUUUGCAUCACUUGUUUUGUCUUCUUUUUUUCAUUCUGCCUCUUCUCUUUCACUUGUUAAUUUUUAUUAUGUUUAUCUUUAACCCACAAAUUUUACUGCUUUUGAAAGCAGUCCCAUCCUGUUCGGAUCCUGCAUUUCGCGGCAUUUCACUGCAGUGGCUCAGAGAGCUCUGUCAGGGUAGCAUUAUGGGAAUUCUCUGUGGUGCAUGCUGUCAGCCUCCUAGGUUCUAGUUCAUAAUGUUUUAACUUGCAGCCAGUCUCAUGGGGUGUUUGGGAAAAGGCCUUGAGCAAGUCAAGGAGUCCUUGUAGCUGUGCAGGACUUGAUUAUUCAGAUGAAUUGCUCAUCAGUCCUGUUGAUGGCAAACGUAGAAGGGGAUAUACACCUCUUGAGGGAGGAAAGAAUGAUUUCUUUAAAGGUACUUAUGAGAAUGAGCAUCAUUUUGACCUAUGUUGUUAAGGUUGUUUGUAAAUUUAUCUUUCCAAAGACACUGACAGUUUUGCCCUAACCAUUGCCUGGACAUUUUCAGCACACUUUGGCAUUUCUAGUAGGAAAAUAAUAAAAGAAAACAAAAAUUACCUGCUGUUAGGACAAAAACCAAACCAAAUGCAAACCCUAAAACCUUAAUGGACUUUUGCUGUAUGCAUGUUGAAAAUCUAUAAAAUUUUUCUUGAAAGUCAGUUGUUUUUUUCUGUACUUCAAAAUUGAGGGAUAAUGGAAGAAUUGUUUUUAACUUUUUUCUACGCAGUGUAAGGAGGCAUUCUUGAGUAUAUAACAACGUCAAAGUCUUGCUUUAUAUUUUACUUUUCUGGAAGAAGAAGUUAUAGCCAUGUUAGCCAAUCUAAUAUAUUGUCAAGAAUAUAUUUAAAGAAUAAAUCUUUAUUGAUUCUGGUAUUAUAGCUAAGCUUAUAGAUGCCUUUUAAAAUGAUUUUUUGCCAGAGAUUUCAUGUGCCUGUUGUGGAAACCAGAAUGUCUUAAGCUGGUUGUCUUAGUAACACUAUUCUGUAACAGCUAAUGAAUGCUGCUAUCCAAAAUCCCUUUUAUCAUUUGGUUUUAAAACCACUAUGCUUGAAGAUAGAGAACACUAGCAAAAGGAAAACUAGAGAAAUUUCGUUUGCUCACAGCUUUCACAUGAAGUGUGAAGUAUGUAUACAGUAAAGUAAUAAACUGCUCUUUGCAUGUUUGCCUUCAAGCUGAAGAAAAUAUAUUUGCAUUUAUUUGGCUGAGUGUACCUUAUCUCUGUGCAUUAUUUAAUGUCAAAUAUUAUAUAUUGAUUUUUUUAAGUUAAAUACAUGAUUCCCUGCACAGUAUAAACUUUAUGAAGGGCUAUAUUUUUUUAUUAUGUGCAAAUAACUAUUUCAAUUUAUGUUGUGACACUAUAUUAAUAAAAGAGUGUAACUGAGAAAGUAGUGAUGCUACACAGAUUUUCUGAUUGAUUGUAUUAUGUGUGAUGCACAUCAUCCUUGUGUAUUCCAUAUCAUACUGGAAGAGUUGCUUCGGAGUUCUUUCACUACCAUGCUGAAACUUUCAGGUUUUUUUGAGGGGAAGGGGAGGAUUGUUGUUCUUGCUUACAGACUUGUUGCUACAUUAUUUAUGUUCCAAAUGUUUGCAGUACUUCAUUUGUAAGGCAAUAUGUCAACACCAAGUGAGGCAUAAAGGUCACUGAAAUUGUUGGAGUUGAAGCUAUACAAGAAUUUCCACAACUUCAAAUACUUUUUAAAUAAAGCCUAUGGUGCAUUUUAAUUG